UUAAGUGUAUAUAUACCAUUGGUCAUUUGGACUAAGAGAAACCACACAAGGUUUGUUUUGCAAACUACCAUAUCAUUCCAAUUGUUUGCCUCUUUGGUCUUAGCUUUAGCGAUGACUAGAAAGAAGGUGAAGCUUGCAUUCAUCACUAAUGAUUCAGCAAGAAAAGCAACAUACAAGAAAAGGAAGAAGGGUCUGAUGAAGAAGGUGAGUGAACUAAGCACUCUUUGUGGUAUAGAUACAUGUGCGAUUAUAUAUAGUCCCUACGAGUUCCAACCUGAGGUUUGGCCAAACACCUUGGCAGUCCAACGCGUCCUUGCGCAGUUCAAGAGGAUGCCUGAGAUGGAACAAAGCAAGAAGAUGGUGAGCCAAGAAAGUUUCAUUAGGCAAAGGAUAGUGAAAGCAAACGAACAUCUCAAGAAACAACUCAAGGACAACCGGGAGAAGGAGAUGACAGAAGUCAUGUACCAAUGUUUGACAGGGAGAGGGCUUCAGAACUUGGUGAUAGCGGACUUGCAUGAUCUUGGGUGGUUGAUUGAUCAAAAGUUGGAGGAAAUCGACAAGAAAAUUGAGUCGAUGAAAAAAAAGCCAUUGUCUGAUGUGUCAAUGGCGCCAAUGACAUCAAGGAGUACUAAUGAAAUGAGACAGGAUCAAAAGCCAAAUUUAGAUUUGGCCAUGGUAGCUAUGCAAAGGCCUCAAUGGUUCAAUGAGUGGAUGAAUCAUCCAAAUGAUCAUAUGGGUUUUGGUGGGGAUGAGAUGGUGAUGCCAUUUGGGGACAACCACAAUGCUAUGUGGUCUAGUGUUUUCUUCCCAUGAGAGAGACCUUAAUUUUCUUGCAUUGCAUGAACACUUUCAAUUUUUAGUCCUUUGUUUUGCUAAUGCUUAGUGUUUAU